CCCCGGCGCUGACGUCAGCGCUCGGGCCCUCUUCCCCCUGUGUGUAAGAUGGCGGAGGCUGCUGCGGUUCCUCCGCACCGCUUCUUCUGUCACUGCUGUAAGGGCGAGGUGAGCCCCAAACUCCCGGAGUAUAUCUGCCCGCGUUGUGACUCUGGGUUUAUCGAGGAGGUGACGGAAGAUUCCAGUCUUCUGGACAGUGGAGCCAAUGGCCUUGAUGACACAGCUUCACAGUUUGCAGAGUUGUGGCAGCUGUUGUUUGUGGAGAGGCCGUUUACGGUGGACCUGGACAGCCCAGACUCGGAGCCACGGGUUCCUGGAGGCGGUGGGGGUUUGGGUCUGAGUGGGGGGCCGUUUGGAGGCUCGGUCCCCGGUGGGCUCGGCGGGGGGCUGGGAGGUCCUAUAGGAGGAGGAGAACACUGGGGGCCUGGCCGUCCACCACGCUUACACACUCAGAGGAGAUACCGGUCCAGAGGAAGCAGCCGGCCGGACCGAUCUCCAGCUGUUGAGGGAAUAGUACAACAGUUUCUUGCUGGACUUUUUGCCAAUUCUGGAGUUCCAGGUUCACCUCCACUGUCAUGGACGGGCAUGCUGCACUCGAAUCCUGGCGACUACGCCUGGGGACAGGGAGGAUUGGACGCAGUCAUUACACAGUUACUGGGUCAGUUUGAGAACACGGGUCCUCCUCCUGCAGAGAAAGAGAAGAUCUCGUCGCUCCCCACAGUCAUCGUCUCUCAGGAACAGGCCGACAGCAGUAUGGAGUGUCCGGUGUGUAAAGAGGACUACACGGUCGGAGAGCCGGUCAGGCAGCUGCCCUGUAACCACUUCUUCCACAGUGACUGCAUCGUACCCUGGCUAGAACUGCAUGAUACGUGUCCAGUGUGCAGGAAGAGUUUGAGUGGAGAGGACAGCAGCAGCACUCAGCCUCCGACAGAGCCAUCCCUAAACACUGACCCCCGAACACAGGAGAGAUGGUCCUUCUGAGAGACACACGCUCGCUUCGUCUCAUCACUGCUCUUUACCUGUCUGUCUCUCCCACAUCAGGGUCUGCCACUGUCUUAACACAGCCCCGCCCCUUUUUCUUUUUCUACUUUGUCUUUCUCUCAUGCUUUUGUCUCUUUUUCUCUCACUCCUACAUCUAUUACACUGUAAGCAGGUAAAAAUGAAAUCUGAUCUUUUUUAGUGGUGUGAAAUCACACUCUUUUGAUAUGUGGUAUUAAUCUGCGACUGGAGGCCAGGUCAGAAUUUAGGUUACUUUAAUGGGAAGGAGAAGGGUAAAUGGACAACAGCAGGGAGGGAGGGGUUCAGUCCAGAUAUUUGAGGUUUACCUUACUACCCCCCCCUCCCUCCACUAACAUGAAACAAGCCCUUUUUUGUUUGUUUAAAGGGACCCAUGGUCGCUGCUCCAUGUUUGUAAAAGGGCUGAACACAGCCACAGGAGGGCGCUGCUGCAGCAUCAAAACUAAAAAGUAUAAAAGAAGUGGAAGUUCUAAAUAAAGAUGCAAACAAAAGUGCUCGUGGGAAAUAACAAAAAUGGAAACUACAGUGAGCUAAAUGUACUUUGCAUCCAACUGCAGAUACUGGAACUCCUAAAGCUCCUGUGAUGCUGCAGAAUAAGAAACCAAAACUUUGUGAAGUGCUGCUCUUUAGCAUGCGUUUCAGUUUGGAAGCGUAAAAUGUUCAAUGUCUGUUAUAGAUCACAUUAAAAUAAUAGUGUGAACAGACUGAAAUGUAUCAGGUUUGGGGGUUCUCUCUCUCUCUCUCUGUCUCUCUCUCUCUCUCUCUCUGUCUCUCUCUCUCUCUGUCUCUCUCUCUGUCUCUCUCUCUGUCUCUCUCUCUGUCUCUCUCUCUGUCUCUCUCUCUGUCUCUCUCUCUCUCUCUGUCUCUCUCUGUCUCUCUCUCUCUCUCUCUCUCUGUCUCUCUCUCUCUCUGUCUCUCUCUCUGUCUCUCUCUCUGUCUCUGGUUGUGUCCACCGUGGCCUGUCCCUCAUCUGUGUUUAUUUACACCUGCACUACUUUUAUAUUCUGUUUCUGUAUGCGUAUGAUUUCACAUCUGCCUUCCUAGUUUUUACCACCAUCCAUCACAACUCCACCCACCCUUCCUAACACCACCAGCCUGCUGCAGCUGUAACCAGUAACAGAAUGUACAGUGCUCCUCUUCUCAUAAGGUCGAGCUGCACAGGUUUCUCUGCCCGCCGUGUCCACGGAUGUCCAGGUGUCUCCAUAUGCUGUUUGAUUCCUCCUUCUCUCUGAUGUUCUGUUGCUCUUAUUUUGAUCCAGUAUGUAUUUGAUCUGCUGUGGUGAGCAGUCGUGUGCUGUAGAUACAGCAGACUGAGCUGAGGAUAAUACACACUGGAUCAGCUCUAUGUCUGUGGUAUCAUACGGUCCCGUGUGGGUAUUUGAUUGGUUCUGCCUGCACCCUCUCUGGUGUAAAUAUCACACACAUCUGCGUCUGUACUCCUCCUCUCACUCUCAUCCCUUUCUUCUUCUGUAAAUAAUUUGUUUCAAAAACUCAUUUGAAGAAAAGCAAAAGCAUACUGAUAUGAAAACAAAUGAUGAUGAAUCCUUAAAUAUUAAAAUAUAUAUUAUAUAUAUGAUGUGUAUGAUGAUAAUGAUGAUAAUGGUAAUGAUUAUGAUGAUGUAUUAAUAAUAAAACUGAAUAAAAUCAGUUCUAUGUUGAUCUUGCUAAGACAGGCUUGCAUGAGUUCUGUGUUACUGGUUGUUUGUAUGAACAGUAACGACAGAUAUCGUCUGAUUUCACAUUUUUAUGAGCUAUUAAAAUGGUUUUCGGGUCAA